AUGACAGCACUAUCACAGGAAGAAAUUUUACAAAGUACACGUACGGUUGUGCAAGGUUUGGAAGCAUUGAAGGAUGAGCAUGAAUCGAUCAAGGGUACACUGAUGAGCAGCAUUCAAGAAUUGAAUGCGGAUGAGUCAGCACUUAUUGAAGAAAAGACACAUAUUGUGGAUAGAAAUUUGGAAGUGUUACGUUUGGGCAUCGAAGAAGCUCAGGUUAUGAUGGCAUUAGCUGGUCAUUUGCAAACAGUCGAAGCCGAGAAGCAAAAGUUGAAAGCACAAGUGCGAAGACUUUGUCAAGAGAAUGCUUGGCUUCGAGAUGAAUUGAAUUCGACGCAGCAGAAGUUGCAAGCCACUGGACAGCAAGUGGCACAAUUGGAAGAGGAAAAAAAGCACUUGGAAUACAUGAAUUCGAUCAAGAAGUACGAUGACCAGCAGGAGAAUGACAAGACCAUGGAUCAGAGCGACAGUCGUAGUGAUAACACUCUUCAGGACUUAGGUUUUGGUCCAGAAGAAGAUGAGGAAAUAAGUGGACACAUGACUGGACAGUUUGCACAUCCGACACCAGCUCAUUCAAUGGCAGCAAGUGCAUCUGCUGGCUACGAAAUCCCAGCUCGUCUUCGAACUUUGCACAACCUGGUAAUACAGUAUGCAUCACAGGGAAGAUACGAAGUGGCAGUACCGCUUUGCAAGCAAGCUUUGGAAGAUUUAGAAAAAACAAGUGGACAUGAUCAUCCAGAUGUUGCAACAAUGCUUAAUAUUCUGGCUCUUGUUUAUCGUGAUCAAAAUAAAUAUAAGGAGGCAGCUAAUUUGUUAAACGAAGCAUUACAUAUACGUGAGAAGUGUCUUGGUGAAAGUCAUCCCGCUGUUGCAGCAACACUCAAUAAUCUAGCAGUGUUGUAUGGGAAACGGGGCAAAUAUAAGGAUGCAGAACCACUCUGUAAAAGGGCUUUGGAAAUCCGAGAAAAUGUGCUUGGCGUAGAUCAUCCAGAUGUUGCCAAGCAGUUAAAUAAUCUUGCUUUGCUCUGCCAAAACCAGGGUAAAUAUGAUGAAGUCGAAAGGUAUUACAAGCGUGCACUCGAAAUCUACGAAUCAAAAUUAGGUCCCGAUGAUCCAAAUGUUGCAAAAACGAAGAACAAUCUUUCGUCAGCUUAUUUGAAACAAGGAAAAUAUAAGGAUGCUGAAAUCCUCUAUAAACAAAUCUUGACUCGAGCUCAUGAACGUGAAUUUGGGAAAGUAGCAGAUGACAAUAAGCCAAUUUGGCAAAUUGCUGAAGAUCGUGAAGAAAAUAAGCAUAAAGGAGGAAGUGGUGAUACAAACACGUAUCAGGAAUAUGGUGGUUGGCAUAAAGCUGCGAAAGUUGAUAGUCCAACAGUAACUACGACGUUGAAGAAUCUCGGAGCACUAUACAGACGUCAAGGAAAAUACGAAGCUGCGGAAACUCUUGAAGAUGCUGCAUUGCGAGCAAAAAAACAGUGCUUGGAUGCAGCUCAUCAAGCGAAAAUAGCUAGCUUGAUUGCCGAACAUACAACUGGCUUAUCACCACCUCAUGGAGGUGUUGAG